AUAGAGGGGGAGGGGAGCUGUUGAUGGCAGUCAUAUUUUGAAGACGGUAUAGCAUAUAUAUUUUUAUCUAUUAAAUUCAAUUGUUUCUUCAAUAAGGUUUCAAAAGGUGAGGGACAUCAUUGUAAUAGAUGUCAACUCCUACGGACCCAUCGGGUGGAAUGUCGCACCCUGGGCCUUCCCCUGGACCAGGCCUCUCUCCUGGACCAAUUCUGGGUCCCAGUCCUGGUCCUGGCCCGUCUCCGAGUUCAGUACACAGCAUGAUGGGCCCCAGUCCAGGCCCGCCCAGUGUGCCCCACAGCAUGCCAGGCCAAGGAGCAGGAGAUUACCAGCCGGACAGCAUGCAUCAGAUGCACAAGCCAAUGGAAGGUAUACAUGACAAAGGCAUGGCAGAGGACAUGCAUUUCAGCCAGAUGAAGAGUAUGGGGAUGAGGUCUCUUCACAGUGGAAUGGGUCCCUCUCAGAGUCCCAUGGAUCAGCACAGUCAAGGUUAUAUGUCUCCUCAUCCUUCUCCAAUUGGAGUCCCAGAACAUGCCUCCAGUCCCAUGUCAGGAGGGGGUCCGACGCCACCCCAGAUGCCCCCAUCUCAGUCUGCAUCUAUGAUGCCUAUGGAUCCCCAAGCAAUGAAUCAACAGGGGCGUGGCCCCUCUGCUUUCAGUCCUGUCCAGCUGCAGCAGCUAAGAGCCCAGAUUCUGGCCUAUAAGAUCUUGGGCCGUGGGCAGCCACUUCCAGAGAACUUACAACUGGCAGUGCAGGGCAAGCGGAGCCUGCCAACCAUGCAACAGCAGCCAGUGAGCACCCCUUACAACAGGCCUCCAGGUAUGCCGAUGCAUCCCAUGGGUGGACCCCCUGCAGGUCCAUGUCCCUCCUCUGGAAUGCAAGGUCACACAUCAAGUGCAGGCUCAAAACCCUGGCAAGAAAUGCCAAGUGCUGAUGCUCCAAGCACACCUCAGAAGCUCCCUGUUCCUGCUGCUACCGGAAGGCCUUCUCCUGCCCCCCCUCAGGCCACACCUGUGCCCCCACCCAUGCCCAGCACUUCUGUAACUCCACAAACUCUGGGUCAGCCUUCCCCUAUCGUCCAGCUGCAGCAGAAGCAGAACCGUAUCACACCAAUUCAGAAGCCACAGGGACUGGACCCAGUAGAGAUUCUUCAGGAAAGAGAGUACAGGCUUCAGGCUAGAAUUGCUCACAGAAUACAGGAGCUGGAGAAUUUGCCUGGUUCCUUGCCCCCAGACCUGAGGACAAAAGCAACCGUGGAAUUAAAGGCCUUAAGACUGCUUAACUUCCAGCGACAGCUGAGGCAGGAUGUGGUGGCCUGCAUGCGCAGGGACACCACCCUGGAGACGGCCCUCAACUCCAAGGCCUACAAGCGCAGCAAGCGGCAGACCCUGAGGGAGGCCCGCAUGACUGAGAAACUGGAGAAGCAGCAGAAGAUUGAACAAGAGCGAAAGCGCCGACAAAAGCACCAGGAAUACCUUAACAGCAUAUUACAACAUGCUAAAGAUUUCAAGGAAUAUCAUCGAUCAAUUACGGGGAAAAUUCAGAAGCUUUCAAAAGCCAUUGCCACUUGGCAUACCAACACAGAGAGGGAGCAGAAGAAGGAGACUGAGAGGAUUGAGAAAGAGCGAAUGAGAAGGCUGAUGGCUGAAGAUGAAGAAGGGUAUCGUAAACUAAUUGACCAGAAGAAGGACAAACGUCUGGCUUACCUGCUGCAGCAGACCGAUGAAUAUGUGGCCAACCUUACUGAGCUGGUUUAUGAACAUAAGGCUGCACAGGCUGCUAAGGAGAAGAAAAAGAAGAGAAGGAAGAAGAAAAAAGUUGAUGAGAAUCCAGAUGGACUUGGAGCCAUCGGGCCCGAUGGAGAGCCAAUGGAUGAAAGCAGCCAGAUGAGUGAGCUUCCAGUUAAGGUCAUUCAGACUGAGACAGGCAAAGUGCUGCAGGGCACAGAUGCACCCAAGUCGAGUCAGCUGGAGGCCUGGCUGGAGAUGAAUCCUGGUUAUGAAGUUGCCCCACGGUCAGACAGUGAAGAAAGUGGUUCUGAUUUUGAAGAAGAGGAUGAGGAAGAAGCGGUUUCCCGGGCUGAAUCGGAGGAAAAGAAGAUUAUUGAUCCAAACAGUGAUGAGGUGUCAGAGGAUACUGCAAAGCAUAUCAUUGAGUCUGCCAAGCAGGACGUGGAUGAUGAGUACAACGUUCAGACUGGGGAUAAGUCCUCACAGUCGUACUAUGGAGUUGCCCAUGCUGUUACAGAAAGAGUUGAAAAACAGUCCUCUCUUCUUAUCAAUGGAACGCUGAAGCAGUAUCAGAUUCAGGGACUGGAAUGGAUGGUAUCUCUGUACAACAACAAUCUCAAUGGGAUUCUGGCUGAUGAAAUGGGCCUGGGAAAGACAAUCCAGACCAUUGCCCUGAUCACCUACUUGAUGGAACACAAGCGCCUCAAUGGGCCUUACCUGAUCAUUGUCCCAUUGUCGACGUUGUCUAACUGGGUGUAUGAGCUGGAUAAGUGGGCACCAUCUGUGGUCAAAAUUGCCUAUAAGGGAACACCAGCCAUGCGAAGGUCACUUGUCCCACAACUGCGCAGUGGGAAGUUCAAUGUUCUCCUCACUACGUAUGAGUACAUUAUCAAAGACAAACAUAUUCUUGCCAAGAUACGUUGGAAGUAUAUGAUUGUGGACGAGGGACACCGCAUGAAGAAUCAUCACUGUAAAUUGACUCAGGUGCUCAACACUCAUUAUGUGGCCCCACGGCGCCUGCUCUUGACGGGGACUCCGUUACAGAACAAACUCCCUGAGCUUUGGGCUUUACUCAACUUCCUCCUCCCAACCAUCUUCAAGAGUUGCAGCACCUUUGAGCAGUGGUUCAAUGCUCCCUUUGCCAUGACUGGGGAAAGGGUGGACUUGAAUGAAGAGGAAACCAUUCUCAUCAUUCGCCGUUUACACAAGGUGCUCAGGCCUUUCCUGCUACGUAGGCUGAAGAAGGAGGUAGAAUCCCAGCUGCCAGAGAAAGUCGAGUAUGUCAUCAAAUGUGACAUGUCAGCUAUACAGAAGGUUCUGUACCGUCAUAUGCAAGGGAAAGGCAUCCUUCUCACCGAUGGCUCAGAGAAAGACAAAAAGGGCAAAGGAGGAGCAAAAACCCUGAUGAACACUAUUAUGCAGCUCAAGAAAAUCUGCAACCAUCCCUAUAUGUUCCAGCACAUAGAGGAAUCAUUUGCAGAGCAUUUGGGGUACCCCAAUGGUAUCAUCAAUGGACCUGAUCUUUACAGAGCGUCAGGAAAAUUUGAGUUACUGGAUCGCAUUCUGCCUAAACUUCAAGCAACAAACCACAGAGUUCUGCUCUUCUGCCAGAUGACUUCACUUAUGACCAUAAUGGAGGACUACUUUGCCUACCGCAAUUUCCUCUACCUGCGAUUGGAUGGCACAACUAAGUCAGAGGAUCGUGCAGCCUUGCUCAAGAAGUUCAAUGAAAAAGGAUCUCAGUACUUUAUCUUCCUGUUGAGCACCAGAGCGGGGGGUCUUGGUCUGAACCUCCAGGCUGCUGACACUGUGGUGAUCUUUGACAGUGACUGGAACCCACACCAGGAUCUACAGGCGCAAGACAGGGCUCACCGUAUUGGGCAGCAGAAUGAAGUGCGAGUACUGCGUCUCUGCACCGUCAACAGCGUGGAGGAAAAGAUCUUGGCUGCUGCCAAGUACAAGCUAAACGUGGACCAGAAAGUCAUCCAGGCUGGCAUGUUUGACCAGAAGUCCUCCAGCCAUGAACGCCGGGCUUUCCUGCAGGCCAUCCUGGAACACGAGGAACAGAAUGAGGAUGAAGAAAAGGGUCAGAUGAUUAUGGAAGAAGAUGAGGUCCCUGAUGAUGAAACUCUCAAUCAGAUGAUAGCACGUAAUGAGGAAGAGUUUGAACUCUUUAUGCGAAUAGACAUGGACCGCCGUCGUGAAGAUGCCCGAAACCCCAAGCGCAAGCCACGUCUGAUGGAGGAAGAUGAGCUACCAUCUUGGAUCAUCAAAGAUGAUGCAGAGGUGGAACGCCUGACCUGUGAGGAAGAGGAGGAGAAGAUCUUUGGACGAGGGUCGCGUCAUCGCCGGGAUGUGGACUACAGUGAUGCCCUGACAGAGAAACAGUGGCUACGGGCUAUUGAGGAUGGUAACCUGGAAGAAAUGGAAGAGGAAAUCCGACUCAAGAAGCGAAAACGAAAAAGACACAUGGAUAAAGAUUCUGGAAAGGAGGAUGGGGAGAAGGCAAAGAAGAGGAGGGGUCGACCACCUGCCGAAAAGCUGUCUCCCAACCCCCCAAAACUUACCAAACAGAUGAAUGCAAUUGUUGACACAGUGAUAAACUACAAGGAUGGGUCAGGUCGACAGCUCAGCGAAGUUUUCAUCCAGUUGCCCUCCAGGAAAGAAUUGCCAGAAUACUAUGAGUUAAUCAGGAAGCCUGUAGAUUUUAAGAAGAUUAAGGAACGUGUACGUAACCACAAAUACAGGAGUGUGGGUGACCUGGAAAAAGACGUCAUGCUUCUUUGUCACAAUGCUCAGACCUUCAAUUUGGAGGGAUCCCAGAUCUAUGAGGAUUCCAUAGUUCUCCAGUCAGUAUUCAAAAGUGCCCGACAGAAAAUUGCUAAGGAGGACGAGAGUGAAGAUGAGAGUGCCUACGACGACGACGAAGAUGAGGACUCUGAGUCCGAGUGUAAGACAACAGCAAAGUCUAUGAAAGUGAAAAUCAAGCUUGGCAAGAAGGAUGAGAGGAGCUUUGAAAAGGGACGGAAACAGCACGGUCGGGCAAAGGCCAAGCCGGUGGUGAGCGACGAUGACACUGAAGAUGACCAGGAUGAUAAUUUCUACAGAAGAAAGAUCAAUCCGAGGGAAUUGGGAGCGAUGAUGGUUGAAGAAGAGGGGAGCUGAUGCACAUCGUAUUUGUUGUUUAUAUUGUUUCUAACUUUUUUUUUUUUCUCCCCCUCUUUAUACAGAACAACCUCUUAAUGCCCCUGUCAGCAAUAUCUAGUCAUUUAAUUUAGAUAACUUUCAGUCACAGAUUGGCUUGCUAUUCUACCAAUAAAUUCAGUGUAAUGACAUGAAAUUUUGGAACAUUGUGUAUGUGCCUGUAAUUUCUGGCGAAGUGUUUUUGGGGAUUGUGGAGUAUUAUAUGUCUCCAUGUGCUGGUGUCUUUGUCAUCUCCAUUGAUAGCACAUCUGGGAAAUGUACAGUCAUCAAUAUAUGCAAUGCAUUUAGUAUCAAACUAGUCAGACCUCAUUAAUAGCUGCAGCAGUCAAUCACAUUGCUGUUAUGCCAAAUGUGUUAUGUGUAGCACACAGUUCAGAAGCUAAUGCAGCACUUCCUCCAUUAUGGAAAAUGGAAACAUCCAUCGUGUUCAGCAUAUCGGAUGACUUUUUUUUUUUUUUUUUUUUUAAAUCAUAGUGCCCCUUUAAGGCGACUUGUUCAGUGCACUUUUUGUUUGUAAAUAUAACCACUUUAUUGCAGAAAAAUAUUGAAUAAUAGUUUAAGAAGGCUGCAUUGUUUAUUAAUAUGAGAAAACGGUAUAAUCUAAAGUUUCCAAAGUGUUUAUAUUCUAGCUCCAGUAAAGGUUUAUCAUUUGUAAUUCAUGGAUUUCAGAAGCAAAUUAAAUCUACAUUUUCAGGUUUGUGUUGUAAAAUGGCAUGAGUUAUUUAGCUACUCAGAACAACAAAUGACUGAAUGUUAAAAAAUAAAAAUAAGUUCAAGGGUUUUGUUUGGUUUUCUAUGGCAGAAUUUUACUAUCCUACUUCAACAGGGAAAAUCGUCUGUAGAACAUGACCCAGGGGAAUAUGUGAUCCUGGCAGGAUGGUGCUCGACAGAUAAUACAUGACAUCUUUUGUUCUGUUGCGUUAAAAUAGCAAUUAUCUAGGCAUCUCCCAAUGUAUUAGCCUUGCAGCUAUGGAUAUUUUUGUACUCCCUUUCAAAGAUGGUUUUAUUGAAUGCUUUGAAUGUUUGACAAUAUUUGCCUUUCACUCGUUGCUUUGUAUGCUUUUAAACCAAGUAAAAACAUGCUAAUCUCUCUUGAUGAACAAAUUCUUAAUAUUAGCUCACAUUUUAUCUGAUUGUUGUGUGUGUUCUUUGUGGUACAUGCUGGUUUACCCCUGUCCCUUAGGCAUACCUGCUAUAUCUGUGAGUAGAGCUAGUCUGCAUCUUCUUGUUAAGUGUAACUUAACCUUUGCUUUCUUUGCACAAUGACUUUGUGGUUGUAGCUCAUCAACCAAGGCAAAUAAAUUUCACACAUUUUGACUCCA